GAAAGUUGUCUUCCCGGCGUGCAUCGCGGUUCGUUUACCUCGGCCAUUUUGCAUGAAUUCGCGGGAAGAGGAGUAAAAUUGGUCAGAUUUUUUAAUCCAAAGGCAUCCUCCGAUUGGAGAGGCCAAUCUGACCAUGGAGAGUUCGUACGGCAUCGGCGUCAAGAACAGGUAUGAACUCUUCUACGAUGACGAGGAAGACCCCACAGAACUGCUGCGGCAGCAGGAAGAAGAGAAGGAACGGCGGAAGGCCGAGAAAAGCACGGCGAAGGACAAGAGCGGCAAAGGCCCCGCCGGCGCACCUGUGAAGGGCGUCAAGGCACCCGUGACCGCGGCUGGCAAGAAGCAAGUCAAGGAGGCACCGGUUAGCAAGAGCCAGGAAAGGACCAUCGCACCCAGGGACGACAACAAGCUGCAGCGGACGACAAGGCCUGACCGAGCGGUAAAAUUUGCCCCACCUAGUGGUGGCCGGGAGAAUCAGCAGGAUUUCGAGGAACGCAAGAACAGGCGAAACCGGGAGGAGCGCAUCUCAGCGGGUGGCUCAGACGCACGAUUUGAGUACGGAAACAGGGACCGUGGCGAUGGUGAAAUUAGGAGAGUUGGCCGUGGGGGCGGUGGCCUCGGAGGUCGGGGCGGAUUUCCCCGCCGCGGCCGCGGUGGAUUCACCCCCGAGGGAGGCCGGGGUGGUGGUUUUGGCGGUCGGGGAGGCUACGACGGACGUGGCAAGCGGGAAUUCGAACGGCAGAGUGGCAGCGAUCGCAGUGGAGUGAAGCCUGUGGACAAGAAAGGUGGCGAAGGGUCCUACAACUGGGGAACAGUCAACGAUGACUUGGAAGUCCAGCUGAGUCCCUUUGGCGAAGAGAACACGACGGAAGCAGCGGAGAAGAGUGGGGACGAGACGGCGGCCGGUGAGAAUGCAGCGGACACGAGCAAGGACAGUGGUGUAGCGGGAGAGGAGGGUGCAGCGGGCGAGAAUGCCAUCGACGACACCAAGGAGAUGACCCUGGACGAGUACAAACGGGAACAAGAGAUGAAACGGUCACGUGCUAGCUUCAACAUCCGCAAGCCUGGCGAGGGUGGCGAGGAGAAAGCCGAGUGGAAGAAGAUGUUUGUCCUCAAGAAAAAGAUCACGGACGACGAGGAGGGCGAGGAGGAGGAAGAGGAGGAGAGCGAGGACGAAGACGAAUACAUGCGUCGAGGCCGGCAGCGCCAGCUGGUCGACAUCGAGAUCAACUUUGCUGACCAGCGGCGCGGCCGUGGCGGUCGCGGAGGUCGAGGCAUGGGCCGGGGAGGCCCCGGCCGAGGCAGCUUUGGUGGGCCCCGCGGACCACCUCGUGAAGGCGGUGAGCGGCCAGCACGAGGUGGAUACCACCGUGGCGGUGGCGGCGGUGCUCCUAGCGCUGGGGGUGAGCCGCCCAAGCAGUCGGCACCCAAGGUGGACGACUGGAACGACUUCCCGUCGCUCGUGGCCGCCUGAGCCGCAGCCGGCGUCUUGUGUGCCACCGCUACUGUGCGCUGCCUUCUGCCGGUGCCGAGAGCCGUCCGUCGACAGUGUGCAGAAAGCGAUGGCCAGGAGGUCCUGUUUUGCGUGUGGCUACACUAUUGACUUCCCUGGCCCCCUCUCCCCCUUUCGCCUUGUUUUUCAAGUGUGUGCUGUGAGACAUCCCCCCCUCCAGUCCCCCUCCCCCUGAAUACCGAGGAGGAAGAGACUGCAAUGGUCAGCGGCCCUGCAAUUGCCACGCCCGCUCGUCUCCCCGGAGGACUAUGGACAUGCGUGUGUGAGCGAGGCGGCAAGAGUUUGUCACAGAGGUGCCGCUACACCCUCUCCCCAUUGUUGUGUCACUUCGUACUCCUCGGCUCUCCUCUCUUUGGCCAUCGACUGGUUGCGUGGCUUCCUAAUCCACACGUUUGCUGCCUUCUCUGCGUUGUUUUUGGUUCAUACUUCAGGUUUGUGGGCAUGCCGCCGUUGUCUCGUUUAGAAAAAAAAAAAUGCGCAAGUCAUAAAUUUGUUUAUUUGUAGUUCGCACAAAUUUUUCAGUUUGGUGACUGGAUUCACUCGUUUACGUGUGAAGCCUCUUGCGCUGCAGAAGGCCCUGCCCCAUGGUCGUCGUGCGACACCCGUUUGUUUGUGGUGGCGUCCCUGUUGUCCUCUGUUGUCUCCUCAACGGGGCUUGGGUCUUUAUUUUACCUCCUCUUCCUAUUUCCUUGUGGGGAGAAUGGUUGCAUGUGGCUUGCACGAAUGUUGAGUGCUUUAUUGUAGUACAAGUUCUUUUGGAGUUUUUUUCCAGAGGGUGCAUUUGUGCGGUUCUCAGUUCCGAUGCCUCAGCAGUGCGAAUGUGUGGAGGGAUUUGUUUUUUCUUCGCUGACUCAAGUUGCGUCGGCUUCAAAAUUUCGCCUGAUUGCCUAUAAAUUUGCAUGCCGAACAAACAAUCUUUUUUCUCUUGUAGAUCGUUGGCACAGAGUGCGUUAACUUAACUACUGUGUGCAAGUCCAUUUAGACAAAAUUCAUAUUGGUUGUGUUAGUUGCAUCAGUAUUUCAUGAAGCUGCUUGCUCUUGCUGAGCUUUGGCUGUCGGGACGUAGUAUCGGGCAUGGAGGUUAUGGCACAAUCCAGCAGUCGUGAUGUGUGGUUAAAAUUGGGCUUAUGGUGCAGGUAUUGCCUAGCAAUUCUUCAGAAAUGCUGGCACCAUGGUCAGCGUAUCGGGUUGUAUUUGGUGGCAGUCACUGCAGCCUGGCGGCGGCACUACUCCAGGUGUGCCUGGUACUCGGAGUUUGUCCGUCCCGCAUUAUCCGUUGCCGACUUGGUUUCUGCAGUAGGCAAAAAAAAAAAAAAACUGCCACACUUGCAUUUGGGCUACUGCUCCCAGCUGCUGCGAUUGUGCGUUGUCAUGGUCAGUUCAAAAUUGUCAGACAGAAGUGGGUAAACCCAGCGGAGCAGUCCUUCACACUUGCAUCAGCAGUAUGACAGCUUGUUUUCUCACAGCUGCUCUCACUUUCGACUGCUGUUUUAUGCUGCGACACGAAGAACAUGCAGAAUAUUUUUGUCUUUACUAUGGUGUGUGUGCGCGUGUGGCUUGUGAUGACAGGCAAGUGUGUUGCCUUAUCCAUUUUUUUUUUGCCCUCAACCUUGCAGUUUAAACUUUACACAAUUUACAGUGCAAAGGUUGAGGCAUUCUUGCAACAUACCAACGUGUGUGCGUGUGCUGUUGGUUUUCUCUUGGCCCUUUAUCCAAUUUUUGUACCCCUUCCUUCUGUUUCACGUGCUCGAGGUGUCCAUUAUUUUGUGCACGUGCAUCAGUGGUUGGUGGCAACUGGACCCAAGUGUGUUUAGGUUUCAGACACUGCUUCAUUUAUGGUGGCUUCGGUGUCUUGUAAAAUUGCCACAUAAGUAGCGAGUUUGACCUGCUCCUGUGAAGUUGUGUGGGUCAAGGAGGUGGUAACGAGAUAAUGUAAGCAUACACAUGCCCACACGUAAAAAAAAAAACUGUGUUCUGUGGCACGUGAAGAUGAGAGCUUGCGAGGUCAGAAACAAGCAAAAAGGCAUGGCAUGUGCGUGAUGUCUUUCUGGUUGCCAUGUAGCCUUGUAUUUUUCUGGGGCACUUUGGGGGGUUUUUUUUUUCCUCCCCUACAGGGUUGCAAACUGAAGGGGACUCAUGUCGUUGAAUAAACGUCAUAGACAGUUA